AUGGCUCCCAAACGAGGCUUGAAUACAAGCAUCACUAAAGAUAUUACAAUUAGAUCUUGUGAGAUAAAUGAAACAGAAGUGUUAGUUACGAGGGAAGUUCAUAUUACAAGGACUGUAGAAACUCAGGAAGAAUUUCCGGACCCCUCAGAAUCAUCGGGAUGUGAAAGUACAGACUCGUGUAUGGAUGAGAACUGGACUGAUGAGCUAUCACGCUAUGUAAGGAUCAAGACGUACCAGUACAAAUAUUACUUUCAAAGUAAACCUCUGCCAUUCAAAAUCAUUUCAUCUUCCAUUUCUUUUCUUCUUCUUGUAAUUCUUGUGGGCCUGUACAUGAAAUUCUCUUCACAACCCAAUUUAUGGAAAGAUGAUUUGAACAUAAUCCUAAGGAAAUAUCCAUCUUUAUAUGCUGCUGACAGAAGUGCUAUAGUGUUCACUUUCGAAGAUGUGUUAGAAAACCAAAAUGUUGAAGUACAUGGAUUUUUGACAAAAACCAUUCUGCUGAGUGGCCGGAAUUCCGAUAAGCUCUUGCGAGAGUUGCAACGCUUUGUGAAAAUCCAUUUCAAUCCGGAAAUUCGUGAACCAAUCACCUUGGAUGAAAACACCAGAAGGGCAGACUUACAUGAUACUGUUGAAACAGGUAUAAAUUCUUCAAAAUCUGGUCCCGGUGUAAUGGGUCUUAUGGGUAUCGAUAAAAUGCUAUGGGAUGCACCUUUAGUGCUCCAUGCUUUCUGUGACCCUGAUGUUAAUGAAAAUGCCAACCGAGUGAACUUACUGUCGAUGUCGCAGGCGACCAAAAACAAAAAGUCUUGUGAGGAGCAGGCUCUGAGAGUUCUUACGAAUACAUGGAAGGCCACAGGUGGAAAUGCAGACAAUAUUCCUCCUAUUUUGUCCAGGAUAGACUACAUCAUAUGCCUGUGA